AUGGCAGGGAAGCAGCAGCAGCCCCCCUACCUGCACCUCGCGGAGCUGACGGCGUCCCAGUUCUUGGACAUCUGGAAACACUACGACGCUGAUGGAAACGGAUACAUAGAAGGCAAGGAACUGGAGAACUUCUUCCAAGAGCUGGAGAGUGCCCGGAAGGGAGCUGGAGUGGAAUCUAGAAAUGCCAAUUUUGCAGAGAAAAUGCGAUCUUUCAUGCAGAAAUACGACAAAAACGCAGAUGGGAAGAUCGAAAUGGCCGAGCUGGCCCAGAUCUUGCCCACGGAAGAGAAUUUCUUGCUGUGUUUCCGACAACAUGUGGGCUCCAGUGCUGAAUUCAUGGAGGCCUGGCGGAAGUACGACACAGAUCGCAGCGGCUACAUUGAAGCCAACGAGCUCAAGGGAUUCCUGUCUGACUUGCUGGAGAAGGCCAACAGGCCCUACGACGAGCCACAGCUGCAGGAAUACACGCAGACCAUUCUGCGCAUGUUUGACUUCAACGGGGAUGGGAAGCUCUGCCUGUCCGAGAUGUCACGACUCUUGCCUGUGCAGGAGAACUUCCUCCUCAAGUUCCAGGGAAUGAAACUCGACUCAGAGGAAUUCAAUGCGAUCUUUGCAUUUUAUGACAAGGAUGGCAAUGGCUUCAUUGAUGAGAACGAGCUGGAUGCCCUCUUGAAAGACCUUUCUGAGAAGAACAAGAAGGAAAUAGGCAUCCAGCAGCUCACCAACUACAGAAAGAGCAUCAUGAACCUCUCUGACGGGGGGAAGCUUUACCGCAAGGAACUGGAGAUUGUACUCUGCAACGAGCCCCCUCUGUGA